AUGCCUCCAGACCCAUUAGCCGCCCAAAUUGAUUUUCGUACUUUCAUUGAGGUCCUCCGCCAUGACGGUGACUUGGUUGAAAUUGAUCGAGAAGUGGAUCCACACCUGGAGGUGGCAGCUAUUGUUCGAAGGGUCAGUGAACUAAACGGCAAAGCACCACUCUUCAACAACGUAAAGGGAGCAAAAAAUGGCCUAUGGAGGAUGUUUGGAAACGCGGCAAGCCUCAGAAAGAACGAAAACGAAAGGUACGGGCGUUUAGCCAGGAAUCUUGGGUUGCCGACCGAUGCUAGUUGGAAAGACAUUGGAGACAAGACCCAGGCUGCCAAAAAAGCCACGCCAUUGAAGCCAAACGUCCUAGCAACGGGACCGUGCAAAGAGAACAAGUUAUCGGCCGACCAGAUUGAUUUACAUCAGCUCCCGGCUCCCUAUCUUCAUGUUGGUGACGGUGGAAAGUACUUGCAGACUUAUGGCAUUCACGUUCUUCAAACCCCCGAUGGGUCAUGGACAAAUUGGUCAAUAUUUCGGGGUAUGAUCCAUGACAGCAAGCAUCUUGUGUGCCUGGUAGGCAGGGGACAGCAUAAUCAAAUCAUUCGCGAGAAAUGGCGGGAAGCAGGCAAGAGUGAGAUUCCCUGGGCACUUGCUUUCGGUGUACCUCCAGCUGCAAAUUUUGUUGCUGCACUUCCGAUCCCAGAGAAUGUUUCGGAGAGCGAAUACGUUGGUGCCAUGACUGGGAAGCCACUCGAUCUUGUAAAAUGUGAGCUGAGUGAGCUCCUGGUGCCCGCAAACAGCGAAAUUGUCUUCGAAGGUGUUACGUAUCUGGACCAAACCAGGCAAGGGGAUGAAGGCCCCUUCGGUGACUAUCUGGGACUGGUUUGCGAAGACGACAAGCACUCGAUGCCACUAUUUCGAGUUGAUACGAUCACGUACAGAGAUGAUGCAAUCAUGCCAAUAUCGGUGCCAGGAAGGAUAACAGACGAAUCACACACAACCGGAGCACUCGCAGCAGCGGAACUACUCACGUUUUGCAAGAAGCAUGAAUUGCCAAUACUCGACGCGAACGCACCACUAGAAACCCAUGGAACCUGGUGUGCGCUGACCGUUGAUACAGAAAAGCUCCGUUCUCUCAAGACCAACUCUCAGGACUUCUGCAAUAAACUCGGAAAGAUCAUUUUCAAAAACAAGAGUGCAAUGCUUGUCAACAGAGUGAUCCUCGUUGGGGAGGACGUGAACAUCUAUGAUUUGAAAGACAUAAUUUGGGCACUAGCAACGAGAUGCCGCCCUGGUGUCGAUGAGUUUGUCUUCGAAGAUGUCCCAGGAUUCCCAUUGACACCGUAUAUGGCCUACGGCAGAGGUCACCCGACGCGGGGUGGGAAAAUGAUCCAAGACUGCGUAAUGAAAGCAGAAUACGAAGUUGGCAGGCCUUUUACGAAGGUUGAUUUUGAGACUUCGUAUCCAGAAGAUGUCAAGGCAAAGGUUAAAUCGACUUGGCGAGAGAUGGGUUUUGAUGAACCUUGA